AUGUCUCGAAAUUUCCAUCUCGAUUCAUCGGAAAAAUACUUGGGGUCAGAAAACCAGUUUUCCCAACGUAUCAUUGCCAAUACUUUCAAGACUCGCGAAUAUCAUCACCAAGGUGGCAAUAGCUCAACAUCCUUCAAUAACUCCGAAUUCCAUUCUAGGUUCGAAAUCUCUCGAAUUUUCCAAUCAACGGAAAAAUGCUCCAGGUUAAAAAACCAGUUUUCCGUAGAUAUCACUGCCAAUACUUUCAAGAGUCAGAAAAUACCAUGA